GCGCGCCUUGAGGGCACAACUUGGGCGCGAGCAGCGGAGUUGGCUGGGUGCACUGUCGGCCGCGGCCGCAGGCUAAGCUGAGGAGGGAGGAAGGGACGGGAGGAGAAGGGAGUGCGGGGUGGCGUCGGCCCACUUUGCAGUGCGCUGGGCUCCCGCGCGCUUUCGGAGGCAGCCGGGGAGGUGAAGCAGGGCGGCGGCGGGGUGGGCGGGUCUGCGCGGCCGCGGCCGGGUGGAAUAGCGUGGUGUCCCAGCUUUCUGCGGUCGGGCUCCUCAGCGGCUUUGCAGAGCGCUCUGCGUCUGUUGGGCUGCGUGGGCCCUUAGACCUGUGACCCUGGUUGAGCCUCCUCUACUCUGGCCUUUGGGGCACUUGAACGAGCAAUGGUGUGCAGGGGCUGUCUAGCUCUGGUCUUACUCAUUACGGGCAAGCUUCCUGAAUAGGGGUGAAGUGUCCGACUCCCUGGUUUCCCGGUUCCUUGGUGCAGGCAGCGGAAGGCUUGCCGGUAUGGGAGUGAGUGAUUGUGAGUUACUGUAAACACAACUGGAAGCCACCUCGGCGUGCAGUUUGUGAGAAGAUUUGGCAGCUGUGUCCAGGAGAAUGCACUUGGUUAGGGCCUGGACAGCCUAUGAGACGUUAUCAUUCUAGAUCAAGAAACUUAGACCUUGAGAUAUAUUGAAGUUGGGGCAGUAAACGCUCACGUAAAAGGUGCUAAUUGGGAAGUGGUCAUCCCCAGUCUCCUUCUCCCUGAUGACCAUAGAAAUUAUUCAGAAUGAGGAGAUCAGAAGCCUUUUGCUUGCUUAGCAGUUCUUCUCCAUGUGGGGGGAUAGAACUUCUGGAAACGUUCCUAUAGUGUAAAUUUUGCCUACGUAUAGGCUGUCUUUAUUGGCUAUUGCUUGCAGCCAAUUGCCGUUAGUAGGGGAAUGGAGGUAAGCUGUCUGAAGCAACGUUAUGUUUUGAGUUCAUUUCGUUUUAAAGAAAGGUUUUCUAGAGAAUUGAAAGCUCGAUGUGCACCUUUAGUUUACUUUGGUACUUAGCUCCUCCCACCCCUCGCCGCGUUCCCCCUCCCCCAUCCUUUAGCCUCAUCUGUUUCAGUGGUACAAUUCUCUUCAUCCCUUUUCGGUUACCAGUCACCCUCAGAGGAGGCAAGAGUGGGAAAUAUGAAGUCAGCCAAGUCCCAAGUGAACCACACUCAGCAAGGGGAAAACCAGCGGGCUCUGAGCCCCCUGCAGUCUACUCUCAGUUCUGCUGCAUCUCCUUCCCAGGCAUACGAAACCUAUAUUGAUAAUGGACUUAUAUGCCUUAAACACAAAAUUAGGAACAUCGAGAAGAAGAAGCUCAAACUGGAAGAUUACAAAGAUCGCCUGAAAAAUGGAGAGCAGCUUAACCCAGACCAGUUGGAAGCAGUGGAAAAGUAUGAAGAAGUACUUCAUAAUUUGGAAUUUGCCAAGGAGCUUCAGAAAACCUUUUCUGCACUGAGCCAAGAUCUCCUGAAAGCGCAGAAAAAGGCCCAGAGAAGGGAGCACAUGCUAAAACUUGAGGCCGAGAAGAAAAAGCUUCGAACUAUACUUCAAAUUCAGUAUGUAUUACAGAACUUGACACAAGAACAUGUACAGAAAGACUUCAAAGGGGGCUUGAAUGGUGCAAUGUAUUUGCCUUCAAAAGAACUUGACUACCUCAUUAAAUUCUCAAAACUGACCUGCCCUGAAAGAAAUGAAAGUUUGAGUGUUGAAGACCAGAUGGAGCAGUCAUCCUUGUACUUUUGGGACCUUUUGGAAGGUAGUGAGAAAGCAGUGGUAGGAACAACAUACAAACAUGUGAAAGACCUGCUGUCCAAAUUGCUGCACUCAGGUUAUUUUGAAAGUGUCCCAGUUCUCAGGAAUUCUAAGGAAAAAACAGAAGAAAUGUUAAUGCAGUCAGAAAAGAGAAAGCAGUUACUGAAGACUGAGUCUAUCAAAGAGUCAGAAUCUCUGAAGGAACUUGUACAGCCAGAGAUACAGCCGCAGGAGUUUCUUAACAGACGCUAUAUGACAGAAGUAAAUUUUUCAAGAAAACAAGAAAAUGAAGAACAAUCCUGGGAAGCAGAUUAUGCUAGGAAACCAGGUCUCCUCAAAUGCUGGAAUACACUUCCAGAACCAGAUGGUCAGGAGAAGAAGAAGGAGUCCGUGGAGUCGUGGGAGUCUUCUCUUAAGUCUCAGGAGGUAUCCAAGCCUGUGGUGUCUUUCGAACAGGAGAAGCUCAGGCCAACAUUACAGGAAGAGCAGAAGCAGCAGAUUUCCAUGGCACCUGUCAGUCAAUGGAAGCCAGAAAGCCCUAAGUCCAAAGUGGGCAGCCCUCAAGAAGAGCAGAAUGUACAGGAGACGCCAAAGCCGUGGGUGGUUCAGCCACAGAAAGAACAAGAUCCAAAGAAGCUACCUCCUGGAUCCUGGGCAGUAUCUGUGCAGAGUGAACAGAGUGGCAGCAGAUCCUGGACCACUCCUGUGUGCAGAGAACAGGCUUCAGUGCAGCCUGGGACUCCAGUAUCCUGGGAAAACAAUGCUGAGAACCAGAAACACUCCUUAGUACCACAAUCACAGAUCUCUCUGAAGUCCUGGGGAGCAGCUUCAGCAGGCCUCUUACCAAAUGACAAGGUCCCUCCCAGGAAGUUAAAUGUAGAGCCCAAAGAUGAGUCUGUUCUAGAUGUCGACACACCCUCAAGUGCAAUUCCAUCUUCUCAGCCGCCUUCAGCUUCGCCAGUCUCUGCAGUAUCUGCAGAACAAAACUUGUCCAACCAAAGUGAUUUUCUUCAAGAGCCAUCAAAGGCUUCUUCUCCAGUUACUUGUAGCUCGAAUGCUUGCUUGGUUACUACUGAUCAGGCUUCUCUGGGAUCUGAAACAGAGUUUAUGACCUCAGAGACCCCUGAGAUGGUGGCUCCCCCCUGCAAGCCAGCAUCUGCACUUGCUUCUCCAAAUCCUCCACUGUCGAAGGGCUUCCAGUUACCUCCUGCAAGUGGGAGCUCGGCAGCCAUUAGCACAGCACCCUUUCAGGCCAUGCAGACAGUAUUUAAUGUUAAUGCACCUCUGCCUCCACGGAAAGAACAAGCAAUGAAAGAAUCUCCUUAUUCAUCUGGCUACAGUCAAAGUUUUACUUCAUCAAGUACACAGACAGUAUCCCAAUGUCAGCUCCCAGCUGUACACGUGGAGCAGACAACCCAACCUCCUGAGACUGCUGCAGGUUACCAUCCUGAUGGAACUGUUCAAGUAAGCAAUGGGAGCCUUGCCUUUUACCCAGCACCCACGAGUAUGUUUCCCAGACCUGCUCAGCCAUUUAUCAGUAGUAGGGGGGCUCUGAGAGGAUGUUCACGUGGAGGGAGGUUACUAAUGAAUCCUUAUCGGUCUCCUGGUAGCUACAAAGGUUUUGAUAGUUACAGAGGCCUUCCCUCAGCUUCAAGUGGGACUUACAGCCAACUGCAGCUGCAAGCUAGAGAGUAUCCUGGGACACCUUACUCUCAGAGGGAUAAUUUCCAGCAGUGUUAUAAAAGAUCAGGGACAUCUAGUGGUCUUCAGGCAAAUUCAAGAGCAGGGUGGAGCGACUCCUCUCAGGUGAGCAGCCCAGAGAGAGACAGCGAGACUUUUAACAGUGGAGACUCUGGGGUAGGAGACUCCCGGAGCAUGACCCCAGUGGAUGUGCCAGUGACAAGCCCAGCAGCCGCCAUUCUGCCAGUACACGUCUAUCCUCUGCCUCAGCAAAUGCGAGUUGCCUUCUCAGCUGCCAGAACAUCCAAUCUGGCUCCUGGAACUUUAGACCAACCUAUUGUGUUUGAUCUUCUCCUGAACAACUUGGGAGAGACCUUUGAUCUUCAACUUGGUAGAUUCAAUUGCCCAGUAAAUGGCACUUACGUGUUCAUUUUUCACAUGCUAAAGCUGGCUGUGAAUGUACCACUGUAUGUCAACCUCAUGAAGAAUGAGGAGGUCUUGGUGUCAGCCUAUGCCAAUGAUGGUGCUCCAGACCAUGAGACAGCAAGCAACCAUGCUAUUCUCCAGCUCCUCCAGGGAGAUCAGAUAUGGUUGCGCUUACACAGGGGAGCGAUUUAUGGAAGUAGCUGGAAAUACUCUACAUUUUCAGGCUAUCUUCUUUAUCAAGAUUGAAAUUCAGUUCAGAGAAAACAACGGAGUUUUCUCUAGUGGAUCUAAGGAGAAGUAGUCCUUGCCCUGGUGGUUGACUGGUUGAGGAAAGUAUUUCUGUUCCUAGGAAAAGAAGGAGGUCCUUACUUUUUUGUUUUCUUUUUAUGUGAAGACUUUGAAGCAGAAUGAUAAUUAGCACUAAUCUGGCACUUUAUAAAUUGUGAUGUAGCCUUGCUAGUCACACAGCAAAUAUGUAUCGCUUGCACUUAACCCUGAACUGUGUUAAUGGUCAGCUUACUGAACUGAAUGCCUCAACUUCAGACAAGUUACCAUGCCUCGUUGUGCCUCAAUAAAAAAUUUAAACUGCA